UAUUGUAGAAGGUCUCCGGAAGUGGCGGUGCGCAGUGACGUCAUCACCGUGAGUGACGCCUGGAACAAACGCACAACAACAGGAGCGCGAGGCGGCUUUGUAUCAUCGCGGACGGCGGACUGACUACAGCUGAGCCAUGCCUGUUGCCUCCCCCAGGAUAGAACCUGUACCCCAGGUUUUGGAUGCAAUGAGUGACAGCACCACCAGCUCUACCACUGCAAAUGACUUGGAUCUCAUCUACCUUAAAGGCAUCAUGGAGAGCCCUCUGGAGCCAGUGGAGAGCCCAAAGGAGCCCCGCCUGUCACCUGUGAGUGACAACAAUGUGGAGCUCCUGCAGGAGAUCCUAAGAGACCUGGACCCGUUCAUGCAGCGCUCCGACACCGCAGCUGAGCUGGCCCGCAUCCUCACACAGCCCCACUUCCAGUCUCUGCUGGAGACCCAUGAUUGCGUGGCGUCCCAAGCAGCUGACAGCCUGCCCUCCAGCCCCUGUGACUUUGUGGACCACGAGUCUGAAGACAGAAACACGGCCGGCUUGCAGCUGCUGCCCGACGCCGUCCGCAUGGUGGGCAUUCGCAUAGUGGCCGGGGAGCACUUGGGGGUGACGUUUAAGGUGGAGGGAGGGGACCUGGUGAUAGCACGCAUCCUCCAUGGUGGAAUGAUAGACCAGCAGGGCCUGCUGCAUGUCGGAGACGUCAUCAAAGAGGUGAACGGGCGGGAGGUGGGCCGGGACCCCAGAGUGCUGCAGGAGGAGCUGCAGGCGGCCCGUGGGAUCGUGGUUCUAAAGAUCCUGCCCAGCUAUCACGAGGCAAUCCCUCCCCGACAGGUCUUCUUCAAGUGUCACUACAACUACGACCCAGAAAACGACAACCUCAUUCCCUGUAAGGAGGCGGGGCUCAGGUUUCAAGCCGGGGAUAUUCUGCAGAUUGUCAACCAGGACGACGUGAACUGGUGGCAGGCCCGCCAUGUGGAAGGGGGGAGCACAGGGCUGAUCCCCAGUCAGGUGUUGGAGGAGAAGAGGAAAGCCUUUGUAAAGAGGGACGUGGAGCUGACGCCUGCAGGGAACCUCUGUCAUGGUCUUGGAGUGAAGAAGAAGAAGAAGAUGAUGUACGUUACCACGAAGAACGCAGAGUUUGACCGACAUGAGAUCCUGCUGUACGAAGAGGUCGCCAAAGUCCCGCCUUUCAAGAGGAAAACUUUGAUUUUGAUUGGUGCUCAGGGUGUUGGCAGGCGCAGACUGAAGGCCCAGCUGCUGCUCCGGGAUCCAGAGCUUUUCGGGACCACAAUCCCAUACACUUCCAGAAAGCCCAAAAAGGGGGAGCGAGAGAGUCGGAUGUACGCCUUCACCAGCCGCAGCAAGAUGGAGGCUGACAUCAAGAAUGGCCGUUUCCUUGAAUUUGGAGAGUUUGAAGGCAACCUGUACGGCUUAAAGAUCGACUCCAUACACGAGGUGGCUGAGGCAGGACGCAUCUGCAUUCUGGACGCCAACCCACAGUCUCUCAAAGUGCUGCGGACCUCCGAGUUCCUGCCAUACGUCGUGUUCCUUCAAGCUCCAGAUUUUGAGGUGCUGAAGGCCAUGAACUGUUCAGCCGUGGAGGCAGGAGUGGAUACCAAGACUCUGACGGACGAGGAGCUGCAGAGGACGUGUGACGACAGCACCAAAAUCCAGGCGGCCUAUGGUCACUACUUCGACCUCAGCAUCGUCAACGAGAACCUCGAUGAAACGUACCGCAAUGUAAAAGCUGCUCUGCAGACCGUUUCCAAAAACCCCCAGUGGGUCCCGGUGACGUGGGUGUUCUGAAAACCUGCCGUGGGAGGGGGGGAGCACAACGCUCAGAGGUAAAAACCUCAGUCGUGAAGGAGGUUUAGUGUAGUUUACCCAGAAAUCUAGCUCCCACAAAAAGCUUCAUAGUUGUCAGGAGAACGUGCAGCCUAGAGAAGGAAGCCGACACGAGGACUCGUGGAGAUCCGGUGGCUCAUCUCCAGUCCAAAAACCCGCCACAUCGGAAAGGUUUUCUGAAUGCAGUUCCACUGCAGGUGAGGCAGAUUGAACAUGGACUUCAUCAGCAGGAGCGUAGAACCGGUCAAAGGCCUCAGUCUGGAGCAGAACCGUCAUUGGUUUUCGGGUCGUGGGCCAACAGAUGACUCGGCCAGUGAGAGACAGCGUUCCCUCGUUCAACGCGGGGCUAAUUCUAAAACUACCCCGCCAUGGGGGAAAGUAGAGUAGGAUUCCAGAUGUUUUUAGGCUGUAAAACUCCUCACUGCACACUUUCGACACCUUUGUCAGACGGAACCUUUUCCCGUGUUUCUGUCCUAAACUCUCAAAGUUCAAACCGUCAUAGAGAAAUUCUGAUCAUGACUGAGGAUGUGUGUAGAUUUGUCCAACGACUCUGUACAGGAAACAUGGCAUGGAGGAGAUUGAUUGACAAGAUCAACAGCCAAUCAGGAUGCAGAACACACAAAAAAAGGAUCCACAACUUUACUAAUAAAAGUCCACAAAGAGCACGGAAGGCGAAUGGCGUUAUCGUGAGAGAAACAUUCACAAUAUCGCUAUUCAUAGACAUUUGGUUGUCUAUCGUCAGAGAAACUUCAUUCCGUUUGGGACCAGGACAUCGCGUUCUGAAAGGAUUCAAGGAUUAGUUCAUUAGUCAUUUGUGACGGUGGUUUUUGUGUUUGUCCCAUGUGAUGUGAGGGAACGCUGUCAAAGAAAAGGGUUUAUUUAUAGUCUGAUUGUUUUUACUUGAGUCCAAAGCCACAGUAUUGAAAGCUUGGGGCUUCAUUGAAGAUGACUAACACGUCCCUGUCUCCUUCAGCUUCAAAAUCAACCUUGUUUAGCUGAAAAUGGUGUCUUCUCUGCAGGAUGACGCAGCGUUAGCUUCCUCACAUGGGGUUGGUGUUGAAAAAUGACCACAGCAUCGCCCAUUUGUUCCAUCAUAUCUAGAGUUCAGGUGAUGAAACGUUCAUCCCAUCUUAGUUCAGAGCAUUUCUACAAACAUCGUCUCUAACCAGUGGUUCUCUGAGUUCCUGUUGUCUUUCUAUCAGCUGGAAUCAUCUGACCUCUGGCAUCAGCUAGACAUUUCCGUCCACAGACCUGCCGCUCACUGGAUAUUUUCUCUUUAAGACCAUUCCCUGUAAACCCUAGAGGUGGUUGUGGGUGAAAUUCCCAGUAGAUCAGCGGUUUCUGAAGUCCUCAGACCAGCCCGUCUGCUUCAGAGUCCCUUCAAUCCCCUUCCUGGUUCUGAUGCUGGUUUCACCUGCAGCAGAUGGUCCGGACCACUGAGUGUCUGCCGUGUGAUUGGCUGUUAGUCAUUGUGUCAACGAGCAGAUGGACAGGUGUGUGUAAGUGACUGCAGGUGGAGCAGCAUAAGGUGGUGGGUAUGACAGGUGAAUGCAAACGCUCCCUGCAGAGUUAGAAUCCCUCAUACUAUCAAAUCUGCUAGCAUGUGAGCGCACUGGAACCCCAGUUCUGUUGGAUUCUGGCGGCUGUUGACGGACGCAGCCUCAGAUUCUAGGCUGGAUUAGAGAUUUAGGGGUUAGUGGGUUUCUGAUGAGCAAGCAUUGGCGUUUCCUCAUCUGACUGCAUAUCUGUGACAGAGCUGGAAGUGUCGGCACGGCCUCGUCUUACAUUCUGCUUUUACGUGUCUGUGUGCCAAAAACAAACCUUCUGCGGCAGCGUCCCUGUCCUCUGGAUAAACAAAAAGCUGACAGCAGUACACUGAUAUUUUUAGUCUGCUCCUCCUUUUUCUAACAAUAGUUUUAUAAUGAGAAGUUGGUCUUGAGGCUGUGGUGUUACUGUCGUGGCUGCAGUGACAGGAAGUCUGGAACAACCAGAACAGGAAAACAGACAAACCUUUUCUACUUUGCCUCGGGAUAAGAGAAGUGAAGUACAGGAUUUUUGGGGGGUUUCUGUCCGUUGCAUUUACAAAGCUUCUGAGCAUGUUCUGUCAUUUUUAAGACCAAGUUUGGAUUCCACUGGAAGAAAAACUGGAGGAGAGUCAAUACUAGAGGUAAUGAAGUGGAGCUAAAGAUGUCUGCUGCCUCUGCAAAAAUAUACACAACAUGAAGUUUUCAUAUGAUGGUCAAUAAAAACGAUUCUUUUAUGUUCAGCCUGAAUUUGCCUGUGAUUGUGCCAAUAAUGACGUUCCUCUAUUUUGAAUAAACUAUUGAUGUGAUGGUUG